AUGUGGAAGGGCUGGAUCGUCAUGGCCGGGCUGGUUAUUCUGGUCGUCUGCCCGAUAAUAGCUGGCCAGCGACUCGAUUCUGAUGUGGAAGAUGGACAGGUCGAAGACGUCGUUCACGAAUCUGCAGAAGCGCCAGAACCUCCGGUCCAGAUCGAAGAACCAGAAUCCUGUACAACCUAUUCAGAAUCAGCACCUCCAUGCUGUGGAAGCCCAGCACACUUGGCAAAUACGCAUUAUCUCCUCGUAAGUGGAGACCCAAGAGUA